AAUUUUAGACAAAACGACUAAUCUUUACUAUUAUCAAACUUCUAAACUUGAUCUUUUAAUCAAAAACUUCUAAACUAAAUUUGUUAGUUGAUCGGUCGAAACUUUUGCUGACAAAAUGCUGAGUCUUCUCUUGCCCCAGUCCACUUUUUGGCGCGUAAUUCAGUCUCUCGUCAGCUGUGUUAAGAGCAUCUUUUUUAGGCCAAAACAACUAAGAAGAAAAUGAUAUCAAAAAUUUUUGCGACACCGUCAGAGCCGAUGUUUAAUCAUGAAGAAUUUAGUUUAUCCAGAGAAGUGCUUGAAGAAUCUCUUAACAUACUGGCGCAAGAAAACGAUCACCUGAUCGAGACGGCAACGGAAUGUUCUGGUUUUUUCAAAGAAGGGAGUCCAGUUGAAUUCAUACUUCGACUUUGUCAGCAGCUCCGAUUUCCACCAGUAACAAGAUUCGUGGCAGUUGAAUUGUUUGACAGGUUCAUGGGAAAGCAUAUAUCAGAGUUAUACGAGACUGUCAGAAACUCAUCAGGCAAAGAUAGACGAACUGACUGGAACAAUGUGGAGCAACGAGUAAAGGAACAGUUACCCCUGAGAGCUGUCACAUGCAUUCAAGUAUCUAGCAAGUUGGCUUCACAUUACAAGGCUUUAAGCCCAUCCAAGGCAAAGAGGAUUUUGGCAUCUCUUGGGUACCAUUAUACAACUGCAAGUGUUAUCAAAUCUGAAAUAAGAUUGCUGAAGACUCUUGAAUUUCGCAUAUCUGUGCCAACACCGCUGGUUUUCCUCGAAACACUUUUAGAGGUGUUAGGUCUCAAUGAUGCAAACAUAAAAGUCAAACUUAUUCAUGAGGUUGCCUUGAAAUUAUUGGACACAUUCUACUUAAAGAGAAGGCAGAUGCUGGAAAAGUUGUGCAAAUUAACAGUGAACGAGGUCAAUGGGCAUGAUGUCUCGGUACUUGGUGCAGACUAUCUGCUGCUUGCCACAUCCAUCAUUCUUUCUGCCGCUGAUAUUUUGAACACGGACUGCUCUGGUGUGGUGGCAAAUCAGUUAUUCAACAUUACUAAAAUCCCAGAAAAAGACAUUGCUGAUUUCUCCAAAAUUAUUACAAGGGAAGCUCUGGAGGAUGAAGAUUAAAAUGAACUUACAAACAGAGGUAAUUACUGACCUACAAUUUCAUGCAUAAACUUAUCAUAGCCAUUAUGAAAUUACGAUGUUCUGGCAGACAGGGUACUGUCUCUCGUCAUAUGCAGUUCAAUUUAUUUCACAACAGAUUUUUAUCUUUUGUGGCAUAAGUGGAGUCUAAUAUAACUUUUGAUAGAGUAGCAGCAAGGGGGUUCUCCUGGGAAUACCCAGGUGAGGUAUAGAUAAAUAGGAAUAGAAAAAAGGGGCAUUGAUUUCAAGGAGACCACUUUGCUUUUCAAACAGUUUAGGAGAGCAAUCUGCAGUAUUUAAGAGGAGCCUUGAGGGGAGCAAGAGCUAUGGCUCUCCCCAAAUGGCCAGGCCGGAUUAUGCUAAAAAAGUAUUGCAACACCUGCAAAAAUUCGAAGACUUCAUAGAUAUUGACAGUGGUGCUGCUGUAUGUUCUUUUGCUGACUCAGAGAAACUGUA